AUGGAGGGUUGGAAUAUGUUACGUAUGCUGAGUUCAAAACCAAAGCUUCCAUGGUGUUGCUUAGGAGAUUUUAAUGAGUUGCUUGAAGUGCAAGAGAAGAAAGGUGGGGUACCUCGGGCUCACUACUUGAUGCAAAAUUUUCGUGAUGCAUUGGACCAUUGUGGGUUUGCUGAUUUGGGGUUUUCGGGACCGGAUUUCACUUGGCAUGGUAGGCGAAGAGGAGAGUGGAUAUGGGAAAGAUUGGACAGGGGGGUUGCAAAUUAUGAAUGGUUGAAUCGGUUCCCUACAGGUAGGGUGAAGCAUUUGAAUUGUUUUACAUCAGACCAUAGGCCAAUUCUUCUGUCCUUGGAUGCUGCAAAUGAGUUCCAAAAGUGGCGCAGGAAGCCCUUCCGGUUUGAAGCAAUGUGGAUGUCAGAUCCUGAGUGCAAAGAAGUGGUCAAAAGGGCUUGGGAUUGUACUCCUAAUGGUACUCCCAUGUUCGUUGCUGCCACAAAAAUUAAGAGAUGUAAGAAACGUUUGAAGUCUUGGAAUAGGGUCCACUUUGGUAAUGUAAAACAGCAGAUAAAGAAAACUAAGGACCAGCUGUGGCAAGCUGAAGCAGUUUCGGCCAGAACUGGGGAGCAUGAGGAUGUGGUGCGGCUUAAGAAAGAAUUGAAUAUUUUAUAUGAUAAAGAGGAGAAGAUGUGGCAUCAACGGUCCAGGGUUCAGUGGUUGCAACAUGGUGAUCAAAAUACAAAGUUCUUUCAUGGGACUGCUACACAAAGGAAGAGGAAGAAUUUCAUUAAGGGUUUGCGUGAUGGGAAUGGGGAUUGGGUUUUGGAUGGGGUUGAAGCUGUGGUAACUGAGGCGAUGAGCGAAGAUCUUAUGAGACCUUUUACCAGUGAAGAGUUGGGAGUGGCAAUCAAGGAAAUGGCUCCGCUCAAAGCUCCUGGUCCAGAUGGUAUGCCGCCCUUGUUUUAUCAAACUUAUUGGACUGAUAUAGGUAUGGAUGUUACUCAGGCUAUUUUAUCUUGUCUAAAUUCGAGGUCCAUCCUCAAGUCUAUAAAUCAUACCUUUAUUACUCUGAUUCCUAAAGUUCCUAAUCCUGAAAGAGUUUCGGAUUUUAGACCCAUAAGUUUGUGCAAUGUGAUUUAUAAGAUCAUAAGUAAGGUGAUUGCCAAUCGCCUCAAGCCUUUGCUUAAUUCCAUUAUUUCUGAGACUCAGAGUGCCUUCAUUGCUGAUAGAUUGAUUACAGAUAAUAUUUUAAUUGCUUUUGAAUCUCUGCAUCAUAUGAAGAAUAGCUGCACAGGGAAGAAAGGUUUUAUGGCUAUGAAGUCUACUUUAGAAGAAUGCACUAAAAUUCAAGAGCUAUUGGCCUACUAUGAGGUAGCUUCAGGGCAAGUGAUCAAUAAGGAGAAAACCACUCUUUACUUUAGCAGAAACACAGAUGAGGCAACUCAAGAAGCUCUAAAAGUGGCCCUGAAUGUCCUUGCUAUUAGACAUUAUGAGAAAUAUUUGGGCUUACCUUCUUUUGUUGGAAGGAACAAGACGGCAUGUUUCACUCAAAUCAAAGAAAGGAUAUGGGGUCGUAUGCAAGGAUGGAAGGAAAAGUUGUUGUCUCAAGCAGGGAGGGAGGUUAUGAUUAAGGCAGUGGUUCAAUCUAUUCCAGUUUACUCAAUGAAUGUGUUCAAGCUUCCGAUGGGUCUCUGUAAAGAUAUUGAAGCCAUGAUUCGUAAGUUUUGGUGGGGAAGUGGUGAUGCGAAGAAAAUUCAGUGGGUUAAGUGGAGUUCUUUAUGCUCUUCAAAAUCAAUUGGAGGCAUGGGAUUUCGGGAUUUCCAAAAGUUUAAUAAUGCAUUGUUGGCUAAACAAGUGUGGUGCCUUCUUCAUCAUCGAGAAUCCCUUCUUUUCAAAGUGUUUAGUGCUAAAUAUUUUCCGAAUGGGAAUAUUCUUGAGGCUUCAGUUCAUCCUAAAUGUUCUUAUGCUUGGCAGAGUAUUUUACAAGCUCGUGGGGUUAUUGAGAAAGGGGCAAUAUGGAGGGUUGGCAAUGACCAACUGAUUGAUGUGUGGCAUCAUAGGUGGCUGCCUGAUUUGAACCAUAGCAAGAUCAUAUCUCCAAGAGCUAGUUCAUCAGUUCAGCGAGUCUGUGACUUAUUCCUCCCUGAUACUAGAAUUUGGGACCCGGGUCGACUAGCGAGUUGCUUUCUUCCAUGGGAGGCAGAGAUGGUGAGUAGGAUUCAGGUUUGCGGGGAAGGGGCUGAAGAUGCUUUGAUUUGGCCUCUAACCAGUGAUGGUGCGUAUAGUGUCAAUAGUGCUUACCGGAUGUUGGUUUCUGCUGAAGCUUCUCUUAUGCCGAGCUCAUCAACUUCAGAUGAAAGUGGUCUGUGCGAUCAAUCUCGCUCGGUCUGGACGUCAAUCCCAGAGUUCUGCUUGCUGGUUCAGAAGAAGUGUCGAACUUUCUUUGAUCUUUUAGGGGAGCUUUUCAGUGGUGGAUCAAGUUUUAGGAUUGCCUUCUUUGCCACGGUGGCUUGGUGUUUAUGGCAACGUCGAAAUCGGUUGCGGGAACGUCAACCUGUUUGGCCGCUGCAUGAGCUGGGUGAUCGGGCCAAGGCAUUGGUGAUGGAAUAUGAGGAGGUGAAUUGGCAGGAGCAGAGUGUGUCUAUUCCACGGCCUAGAGUGCGUUGGUCUCCACCACCUGCAGAUUGGUACAAAGCAAACUUUGAUGCUACUUUUUCCACAGAAUCGGGGUCAGCUGCGAUUGGUGUUGUGUUUAGAGAUCAAGCUGGGCAAGUCAUUGCUGCUCUAUGCCAGAAUUUGGGCCAGGUUCAAUCGGUGGAUAUGGCUGAGGCUUUGGCAGCUCAGAGGGCAGUGACAUUUGCAAGGGAGCUGAGUUUGUUUAAUAUUAUAGUUGAAGGUGAUUGUCUCCACGUUAUUCAGGCUUUGCAGCGUCUAGACCCUUGUAAUCUGUUGUUUUGGCAUAUCAUUGAUGAGACUAAGAGGAUGGGUCAGUUGUUGAGAGGCUGUAGGUUUCAGCAUGUUAGGCGGGAAGGGAAUAGCUUAGCGUAUAGUCUAGCUAAAAAAGCAGUUUUAACUGCAGACAUGGAGGUUUGGGUAGAAGAUCUACCUGAGGAGGUGGCUGAUGUUUUUCAGUCUGAUUGCUCCUGA